AUGGAUCACCAAAUCCACCUCCUUUCCAAUUCCUCACCAGUCUCGGUACGUCCGUAUCGAUAUCCCCAUUUCCAGAAAGUAGAAAUUGAGAAACAAAUUGAGGAGAUGUUGUUUGAUGGCAUGAUACAACCUAGUCAUAGCCUUUUUUCCUCCUCAAUCUUGCUUGUCAAGAAAAAAGAUGGUAGUUGGAGAUUCUGUGUUGACUUCCGAGCCCUUAAUGUUAUCACCAUCAAGGACAAGUUUCGCAUUCCAACAAUCAAUGUGUUCUUGGACGAGUUGGAGGGAGCAUCAUGGUUCUUGAAACUGGAUCUGCAACAAGGCUAUCAUCAAAUUCGGAUGUUUGAAGUUGAUGUUCCUAAAACCGUUUUUCGUACGCAUCAUGUGCAUUAUGAAUAUACUGUCAUGCCGUUUGGGCUUUGUAAUGCCCCUUCAACGUUUCAAGCAACUAUGAAUGAAUUGCUAAAACCAUUUAUGCGAUUUUAUAGGCGAUUCAUAAAAGGUUAUGCAACCAUAGUGUCCCCCUUGAUAGCACUUUUAAAGAAGGACGCAUUCCUGUGGACCAGUGAAGCUCAAGCUGCUUUUGACACCUUGAAGAAAGCCAUGACUGAAGCACCAGUCUUAGCCUUACCCAAUUUUGACUUACCUUUUGUUUUGGAGACAGAUGCCUCUAACUUAGCAAUGGGGAGCAGUUUUGAUGCAGGAGGGACAUCUAAUAACGUUUCACAGGAACUUCAUGCCAUUACAGUUGCAGUUAAGAAGUGGCAUCAAUACUUACUUGGACACUCCUUUACAAUCCUCAGGGAUCAUCGUAGCCUCAAGGAGUUGAUGUCGCAGGAUGUACAGAACAACCCGAAUAUUCAGGAGCACUACAGCACUCACCAAGACCUCUUGUUGUACAAAGGAAAAAUAUGGCUCAAUCGUGACAAUCCCUUCAUUUUAGUAUUGUUAAAGGAGUUUCACAAGACUCCACUAAGCGGGCAUACAAGGGUUGCCAAAACUUUAUCGAGGCUCCAACACAAUUUUUAUUGGAAAGGCAUGCGUGAGGAUGUUCAACAAUUUGUUGCUCACUGUGAAACUUGUUUGCAAACCAAGUAUGAAACUAAGCGACCAGCAGGGUUAUUACAACCCCUCUCUAUUCCAGUGGAACCUUGGGUUGACUUGUCAUUGGAUUUUAUUACGGAUUUGCCACUUUUCCAAGGAUAUACGGUCAUUCUGGUGGUUGUUGAUCGCUUUUCGAAAGGGGCGCAUUUUGGAAUGCUACCUGUGCACUUCACCUCGUUUAAGGUUGCACAACUCUUUUUGGAGAUGGUUUCUAAAUACCAUGGAUUCCCUCGCAUCUUGGUUUCGGAUCGAGAUCCAAUCUUCAUUAGCAAAUUUUGGAGAGAACUAUUCAGAUUGUGUGGUACCAAGUUACGCAUGAGCACCUCCUUCCACCCUGAAACUGAUGGCCAGACAAAGGUUUUAAACAGGGUAUUAGAACAGUACCUACGUUCCAUGGUUCACAACAAACCUAAUGAUUGGGAAAAAUAUUUAGGUUUAGUAGAGUGGUGUUACAAUACCACUAUUCAUUCAGCCACUGGAAUGUCUCCUUUUCAAGUCAUGUAUGAGAAGGAGCCUCCUUCGAUUCCCCAAUAUUUUGCAGGCUCCUCGUCGGUGGAUGCAGUUGAUUCUCUACUUUCAACUCGUCAAGACAUGUUGAUUGCCCUUUGA